AUGACAGACACGGACUCGCAACCUACGCACGGUGAAGGAUCUUUUACAUCCGUGGCGAGCACUACUUACUCGAUUGCUGUUCGUACUAGCGCUAUUGAAAAUGCUGAAACAGCAGCACUUGUAUUCGUGCAGCUGAUCGACGAGAACGGUAACAAAACGGAUCGAGUGAAAUUGAAAUGUUCUCUGACGCAUCGGAAAAAGUAUCAAAGAGGGCAUUCAGAUCUGUUCCUGUUAGUCGACCAACCGCUUCUAGCACGUCUUAAAAAAAUUGAAAUAAUACAUGUUCCAAAAGAAACCGCCAAUGAAUCUGAAAUUUCCUGGCACUGUCAUUCAAUUAUGGUCCUGGAUCAUGAUAGUUUUUCGCUGUACAGGUUUCCUUGUGGACAAUGGAUUGGAAGUGCUAACGUCAGUGUUGUAAAGUCGACCAAUUCAAUUACGCUAGACGUGGAAGGCGAACCGUACCCGAUUGUUCCCGUGAAUCUAUGGUGA